AUGGAUGAUAAAAGGGGGAAAAAAUUAUCGAGCCCUAAAAUUUUCAAGAGCACAAAGGAGGAAAGGAUUUUAAAAAAACACGAUGAAACAAAAUUAAAAUGGGAGAAGCAAAAUAAAAUAUUAAAAGAUAAAACUAAAAAGAAAGAAACGUUAGGGGAACAGGCCGAAAAAUAUAGGGCAAAAAAUGAAAUAAAUAACAUAGUUGAAUAUAUAAACCAAGAAGAAAAAAAAAAAGUGAAUUGGACAGAGAACCUGAGAUAUGAAACACAGAAAAUAAAAUUCAAAGAAACAAUACAUAAAAUGAACAUAACAGAAAAUAACUUGUCAUAUGAAAGUAGAAAAAUAUUUAAUAAAGUCUUUGAAAAAGACAUAUCAUCCAAAAAAAAAGAAAAGAAUAUAUGUCAAAAUAAUGGUGAAGAAAUAAAAGAUGAUGGAAAUUAUGUAACUGCAUCAUAUAAAACAAAUAAAGAAUUAAAAAAAGAAAAAUACGAAAACAUUUUAAUUAAUAAGAUUAAAAAUAAUGUGGAAUUUUUUUUAUCAAACUUUGCUGUACCUUUGGAUAGUCCUCUUUAUAUAAAAGGAGAGAAAAUUAAAGAAGAAGAAGAAAAUAAUGAUAUGUUAUUGUUAUCUGAAAAUGUUAUUACAAAAAAUGUAAAAGAUAUAAAAAAUAUGGACAUAUAUGAACAUAAUAAUAAUUAUGAUGAUGAUCAAAAUAAAUUUUGUGAAAACAAAUAUAUAAACAAUACAUAUAGUAAAAAACAAGUUAAUUAUCUUAAAGUAAAUUGUAACAUUUUAGAAAUAAAUAAUUGUGGAAAGGAAAUUUUUAAUAAAUAUAUUAUUUUACAAAACUGUUCUUCAAAUAUAAUACUUUACAAAAUAAUAUUUAGAAAUAAAAUUUUAUUAAAUAAUAAUAAUAAUAAUAAUAAUAAUAAAAUAAAAUUAAACGAUGUUUUAUAUUAUGAUGUAAAUAAAAAUUUUACUCUUUUUAUAUAUCCUAAUUCUGGUUAUAUAAAACCAAAUGGAAGCACACAAAAAAUACUGUUAACAUUUAUAUUUAAAUAUUUUGUUAAUACUUUUGGAUGUAUAACUAUAAAAUAUUAUUGUAAUAAUAAUAUAUUUAAAGAAUAUGUAUAUAUAUAUAUAAAUUCAUUUUUUACUAUUAAUCACACGGAUGAAAGAAAUCAUUUCGAAUAUAAUAUGAAAGAGGAGAAAUUAAAAGAUCAAGACUUUUUAUAUAACCAUCUAAUAGAUACUUUACAAAGUGAUCCAAUGAAACAUAUGACAAAUAUAAAAAAAGAAAAUUUUUAUAUAUAUAGAAAAAAAAAAGAAAAUAUAUAUGAAUCCAUAUACGACAUAAUAAAUAAUAUAUAUAGAUUAAAAAUAAAACAAAUUUGUAAUAUAUUAAAUUUUAUAAACUCUAGUUAUAAUAUAAAACUUAAUUAUAUAAAUAUACAAACUUUUCUUGGAUUAUUAAAUAAAACUAAUAAUUCUACAUCAUUUAUAAAAUUAAAUUAUUAUAUAAAAAAAAUGUUAUGUCAAAAUAAAAUGAUUAAACUUAAUCUUCAUAAAUGUAAAUACAAAAGAUGUAAAUAUAAAAUAUAUAAAUAUAAAAUAUGUAAAAGGAAAAAAAAGUAUACGAACACUCAUAAAUUUUAUUAUUAUCAAUAUAAAAUACAUAAACUAAAAAUUGUUCCUUUUUAUAAAAAGAACACAACACACUGUAAUAAUAUUAUACAAUUUAAUAAAUAUAAAAAAAGAGAUAAUCAUAAUAUUUCUUUUUAUAAAAGACAUGAACAUAUUUUACAUUUGUCCAAUAAUAAAGAAAAUAAAAAUAUAGAAUCCUUUUUUAAUUAUAUGAAAUCUAAAUUUCUUUCAUCUCUUAAAAUAUAUACAAACGAUGAACACAUACAAUUUUUCAUGUUCCACUUUUUUAUACAUGAAUAUUCUGACUUUGUAAAAAAAGGAAAUGUAAAUCAAUACAUUCUAUCUAAAAAAAAAAAAUAUAUAAUAAGAAACUAUGAUCAUUGUCAAAAACAAAAAAAAAAAGAUAUAUAUAUAUCUAAUUAUAAUAUCAUCACGGAUUAUAAAUAUAUAAAUAAUUUAUAUGAAAAAAUAUAUAACACAUUUAAUCAAAAGAAAGAAUAUUCUUUCCAUAUUUUUUUAUAUAUCAUACGAACCUAUAUAAACGAGCUAAUUUCAUACUAUAAAACAAUGAACUCCUUUCCUCAUAUGUAUAAAAAUAAAAAUAAUAUAACUAUUGUUGAAAAUGCAGAAGAGAUAGAAAAAAAAAAAAAAAUUCAAAUUAAUGAUAUGGAAAAACAUAUUUUACAUAAUAAUAAAUUAAAUAAAAAUAAUAAAGAUGAGAAAGAUGAGAAAAAAUUUGAGUUUAUACAUUUUUUAAAUUAUACUAGUAAUCAGGUUUGUGUUGAUAUAUAUAACCCUUGUCUUAAAUAUUUAAAAGAAAAAAAAAAUUUCUUUUUUUUUAUUAAUUUUAUGUAUCUCCAGCAUAAAUUGUGUAUAUCCCCUAUGUUUUAUUUUUUUUAUUACAUUGAAUUGAUAAGAUAUGUGUACUGUUUGUUUGUGUGGAGGGUUAGGAAAAUGAGCAACAUAAAUAAUGAUAAUGGCAUAUAUAAUGGUAACAACAUAAAUAAUGAUAAUGGCAUAUAUAAUGGUAACAACAUAAAUAAUGAUAAUGGCAUAUAUAAUGAUAAUGACAUAAAUAAUGAUAAUGACAUAAAUAAUGAUAAUGACAUAAAUAAUGAUAAUGACAUAAAUAAUGAUAAUGACAUAAAUAAUGACACAAAUAAUGGUAACAACAUAUAUAAUGGUAACAACAUAUGUAACAUUGAUCAUUCGUGUUGCUGUAAAUCCCAGGAUAAUAUUUCAAAAAGCAAAAACAUUUUCAUCCAUAUGGAUAAUAAACUUUUAAGAGAAAUAAUCAAAUAUAUAUACGAAUUGUAUACAUCCAAUAAAAAUAAUGAUCAUGUGAACAAUAUAAAAGAAUGUAUUAUAUAUUUGAUUUCUUCUAUACUCAUGUAUGCACAGCAAAAUGUAAAAAAUAUGUAUAUCUUUAUAGAUUAUAUGUUUAUUUAUAAUCAUCAUAAAAAUAAAAACAAAACGAAUAACACGACACAAGGGCAAAAUAAUAAUUUGGAUAUGGAAACUUUUUAUUCGAAUAUUUUUAUUUUUUUUAUUUUUCCAUAUUUAAAAGAAUAUAUAAAUAACUUAGGAACACAUAUAUAUAAAUUACAUCUUAUAAAAAAUGAACAAGACAUACUUUUAUUCUUUAAAAAUAAAUUUAAUUAUAUAAAUUAUGAAGAAAAUUAUUAUAGUCUUUAUGAUGAUAAUAAAAUAAUCGACACGUGUGUAAUACAAAAUACUUGUCCUUCAAAAGAAAUCAAUAUAUCGAGCUUUGAUAAAAUAAACAAAUUUGACGAUAUAAAAAAUGUGGAAGAGACUAACAUUCCUCUCUUUUUUAAAAAUUUUAAAAAUCAAAAUGAUCAUAAUGAUCAUAAUAAUAAUAUACAUAAUGAUGAUAAUAAUAAUAUACAUAAUGAUGAUAAUAAUAAUAUACAUAAUGAUGAUGAUAAUAAUAUACAUAAUGAUAAUGAUAAUAAUAAUAUACAUAAUGAUAAUGAUAAUAAUAAUAUACAUAAUGAUGAUAAUAAUAAUAUACAUAAUAAUAAUAAUAAAGAGCAGGGAGAUAUAUGGUUUAUAUUUAAUAAAGAAGAAUUCAGCCAAAUUAUUUAUGAACAGUAUUAUCUAGAAUUAAAUGAAGCCAUAAAGAAAAAAUUAAAGAAUCUCAAAUGUUUAUAUAAAAUUCGAUCCAAGGAAGACGAGGAAAACAAAAAUAUAAAUAUGAAUACAUAUAAAUAUAUAAACAAUCUUAAAAAUCGUGUAGAUAGUAUCCUAGAAACUAAUAAUGCAUCUAAUAGUGAAGAGAAAAAAAAUAAAAAGAAAAAAAAUAAAAAAAAGAAAAAAAUUAAAAAAAAUAAAGAUAAUGAUAAAGAUGAUAAUAAAGAUGAUAAUAAAGAUGAUGAUAAAGAUGAUGAUAAAGAUGAUGCUAAAGAUGAUGCUAAAGAUGAUACUAAAGAUGAUGAUAAUAAUAAUAAUUAUAACAAUAAUAUUAAAAAUUCAUCCAACGUAACACCUUAUGACAGUCAAAAGAAAAAAAAACAAAAAUUUAAAGAGUUGAAAGAAUUUAAAGAGUGUAAAAGUAUAAAACACAAAUUUAUAAACUUUCAUUUUAUAAAAUUAUUUGAUAUAUUAAAUAUACAUACAUAUAUUAUAGAUGACAAACAUAUGCUAAAUAAUAUAUUAUCAAUAGAUUUAUCAAAGGAUAUAAAUAUAGAAAUAGGUUUGUGUGUACAUAGAAUAAUAUAUUGUCUUCUUUAUAUUUUUAAUUUUAUAUCUCUUAGUCAUAUAAAUAUAUUAUAUAAUAAUUAUUUUUAUUUAAAAUAUUUCUUGUUUGAUGCUUAUAUCGAAUAUAAUCUGGAGUAUAUUUAUAAAUUAUAUUAUUUUAUAGUUAACUAUUUUUAUUUAUUACAAUAUAUGAAUAAAAAUAAUUUUUCUGUAUAUAUACCGUUAUCUCCAACUUUUGAUUUUCUAAAAUAUUUUAAGGAAAUAAAUAAAUGUAAACAGAAUCAUUAUGAUAAUGGGAGGGAUACACAUAAGUUGAACAUGAUAGAACAUAUGAAUCAAGAAAAAAAGGAGGAAGGUGGACAGAUGAUAGGAACGACAUAUUUAUCUUCAAAUUGUCGACAUAAAUCGUUUUUUUCAUCACCAUGUGAAUCGUGUAAAUUGUGUGAAUCGUGUGAAUCGUAUAAAUUGUGUAAAUUGUGUACAUCAUGUUAUUAUAAUUUCUUCAAUUUUAAUGAAAGGAAAGAAGAAAUACAUAAUCACUUACACACAUCAAAUACAUUCCUAAAAAGAGAAGAAACAAAAUACAUUUGCCUCAUAUCACCUAAUAUAAAGAAUGAUAUGUUAAGUUAUAUGAACAUGAAAAAAAUCAAGGAGUGGUUAAAAUUACUAAACUUACUAAUUUUUUUAAACAUAAAAGAUGUGUAUAUAUUUGGAGAGUUGUUUUCCUUAUUUCUUUUCUUUUUUUAUGAUAGUAAUAUUAUAAGAGGCGAAAUUUGUGAGUCCAAAAAAAAAAACAAAAAUAAUAUAUAUGUAAAGUUCGAUACAAAUUAUAAUAUACAAACAGAAAAGGGGAAAAAAAAAAAAAAAAAUUUACAUGAUAAUAAAAAAGGAAGCAAAGGAAUUCGUGAUAAUAAAAAAGGAAACAAAGGAAUUCGUGAUAAUAAAAAAGGAAACAAAAGAAUUCGUGAUAAUAAAAAAGGAAACAGAAGAAUUCGUGAUAAUAAAAAAGGAAACAGAAGAAUUCGUGAUAAUAAAAAAGGAAACAGAAGAAUUCGUGAUAAUAAUAUUGAUAAUAAUAAUAAUAUUGAUGAUAAUAUGAUAGAUAUGGACACAUCAAAUCAUUUUACAAAAAAUAAUAACCAUAUUAAUAGUAAUAAUAAAGAUGAUCAUAUUAAUAACAUGAAGAAUUAUAUAGACGUUCAAUUUUGUGACUUUUCAGCAAUUUCUGAAAACGUAUUAUUGUUAUUAAAAUUUUCUUUGUUUAAUAUUUUUAAUUUAUAUGAAAAGUAUAAAAUAAAUAUACAUUUUCCAAAAGAUUUCAUUAUAAAAAUGAAAUCAAGACAAUGUAAUGACUUUACAUUUAAUUCUUGUUUAUCUUCUUUUGUUUCCUAUCCUGAUGACAUUUUAUUAUAUUGUUUAUUACCACAUAAAAAUUAUAAAAACAUGAUAUUAUUUUCUAAGAAAAACUUUCUUAAUAAAUAUACAAAUAAAUUAAAGAAAAUAAAUAUGGAUCACAUUAGUAAAGUAAAUCUUUUUCUUAAAACUAACAAAGCAGAAGAUCCACAACAUAAUCAAGAGGAUCAUCAAAAUGAAAACAAAACAAUUAAUCAUACGGAUAAUAUAAUGAUAACGUCUCAAAAUAAUCAUAUGACAAAUAGUAAUAAUAUUAAAAAGGUGUCCAUUAUUAAUAUAGGAAAACUCACACUCUAUCAUAUUUUAAAAAAUAUAAAUCAAAAUAAUAAAAUCCUAUGGUUAUGUGGAUCUCUUGAAAAAAAUAUAAAAGAAAAUUAUAAAAAUAGUAUACAUAUAUUUCAAUAUAUUUAUAAUAUACAACACGAUAAAAAAAAUUUUCAUUCUACCUUAUAUUGUAACAUAAUACAUGUUAAUAAUUUUAUAAUCUUAAACAAACAAAUUUAUUGGUUAUAUUACAGUCAACUAAGUAAAAAUAUUUAUAUACCUUUUAUAUAUAAAACAUAUAAAAUCUUAUUACAAAUUUUUGAUAGAAAAUGUUCACAAAGGGACAUCUUAUCUUACAUAAUAUAA